AUGCCUGCCUUCGUAGACCCCGUCGCCCCUAGCUCGAACAAGCGCAAGCACGACCAGCACGACUCAAACUAUGCGAACCGCAAGCGACUAGCGGUGGCCGAUGAUUCUGGCGUUUCGACUAUGGAGGGGGAUCAAUACUGGAUGGUACAGUGGCGCAAUCCACAAUACAAGAAGCACAAGACAUGGGACGGAGACGCAGUGCUUGUGGUUAGCGGUCAUAAAUGCACGCUAUACGACUCUGAUAACAGGCAACUGGCGAGCGGGAAGCCAUAUGGCAUUGAAGGGACACACAAGCUUGCAGAAGGCGUGGAGUUCACGCUGGGAAGCAAGGAGAUCGAGAUCGACCACCAAUUAAACAGACAAGACUUCCUGUCGGGACGGUGCUUUGGUAGAGGAGGCAUAUCCGAUACCUCCGUGUCAACAUCUCGCCCCAGUGCGGUGAAGCAGUUUGUCCCGCUCAAACCGAAGACCUUGAACGGUGUAAAGAACCCCGCAUAUAUCGUGCCUUCGGUGACCGAGAAGGAGAAACGGAGCAGUGUCGACUUGGAACCAGUCGGCCUCGUGACUUCCUCGAAAUCUGGGCAGAGUACGCCUGCUCGAGAGUCAUACUGGACUGCGAAUUGGCGCAAACCGCAGCAGAAGAAGCACAAGACUUGGGAUGGUGAUGGUUUCGUCAUGCAUGAGGGGGAGAAGCUGACGUUGCUCUCCGACUCUGGUUUGGUCAUGGGAAGGAGGAAGUGGGAUGGCCUCCCGUUGUACAGCAGCUACCGGACUUUCAUUGGCAACCGGGAAGUUGAGCUGGACAACGAGAUAGCUCGCUCAGAGCUCCCCGCCGUCGUUGGCACCAGCAUAGAACCACUCGUUGACCCGGAGAUCAGAAGCCCCCCUGCCUCGCAAGCUCGACCAUCUUUCUUAGUCGAUGUGAUCAGAUCUCCUCAACAGGGCUCGAGUUCUGGUCCAUCCGUCAACUCACCUGCGUCGGCCAAGAAGUUCAUCCCUCCUUCAUCCUUCUACGGCACUGGCUCUAAGCCAAAGCCGAAGGGACCGCUACACGAUCCGGAUGCACCUGGUGCCGUAGUGAUGAAAGCACCAAGUAAAGAGCACCAAGCGAAGUUCAACAAGAAGAAGUUGCAUGUGCUACCUGUUGUGAUUGAUCCUAUCCUCGCCCGGCACCUCCGACCACAUCAGAAGGAAGGUGUGCAAUUCCUUUAUGAGUGUGUCAUGGGUCUACGCAAGCACGAGGGGCAAGGAUGUAUCCUCGCCGAUGAGAUGGGUAUGGGCAAGACUUUGCAGACAAUCACGCUUGUCUGGACGCUGCUGAAGCAGAAUCCCUAUGCCGGCGCUGGCUCUGUGGUGGGCAAAGUCCUCAUCGUCUGCCCCGUGUCCUUGAUCAACAACUGGAAGACUGAGUUUCAUAAGUGGCUCGGCAGGGAUCGUAUCGGAAUAUUCACAGGCGACAAGGAUAAGAACACCAUCAAACAAUUCCUUAACUCCAAAACACACCAGGUCCUGAUCAUAGGAUACGAGCGACUACGCACAGUAAUUUCCGACCUAGCAUACUGCCAGCCACCAAUUGGUCUUAUAAUCUGCGAUGAAGGGCACCGGCUCAAAUCGGCCAAUAACAAAACUUCUACCAUGUUUGAUGCUCUGCGAACGCCGCGAAGAGUGAUUCUCUCGGGUACCCCGAUUCAGAAUGAGCUUAGCGAGUUCCACGCGAUGGCGGAUUUCUGUAAUCCGGGUCUUCUUGAUGACUAUAGCACGUUCAAGCGAGUUUACGAAACUCCUAUCUUGAAAAGCCGUGCGCCAGGUUGCAGUGCGAAGGAAGCUGAACUGGGUGAAGCACGUUCUGCGCAGCUAUCGACUAUCGCAAGAAGCUUCGUCCUGCGGAGAGACGCGACUAUUUUGAAGAAGUACCUGCCUCCGAAACACGAAUACGUCGUAUUUGUUACACCGACAAAGUUGCAGUUGUCUAUCUUCGAGAAGAUCUUGUCCCAUGACAAGCUCGACAGCCUCGUCAGAAACUCCACCGCGGAGUCGCUCGCCCUCAUCAACAUACUCACAAAAAUCAGUAACAGUCCCAUCCUGCUGAAGGCGACUGCAGAUCAAGCGAAGCUCAAGGGGCAGGAAGGAGCCGACGUGAAGCGCAAUGCCAUCGAAGAGGCGCUUCAGUUGUUACCUGAAAGGGCUCAAAUAGAGGACGUGUCUCUAAGCGGGAAACUGUCCGCCCUUGCUACUUUGCUUCGUGCACUUCGCAAGCACACGGAAGAGAAAUGUAUCAUAGUAUCACACUACACGUCCACGCUCAACAUUAUAGAGGCUUAUUGCAAGACAAAGUCAUAUACAUACCAUAGACUGGAUGGCAAUACCCCGGCACCUAAGCGUCAAGAAUAUGUCAACGACUUCAAUAGGUCUUCGCAGGCGAAGCGAUUCAUCUUCCUGUUGAGUUCUAAGGCGGGCGGUGUUGGGUUGAAUCUCAUCGGCGCUUCACGACUCUGUCUGAUUGACUCGGACUGGAACCCAAGUCAUGACUUACAGUCGAUGGCUCGUAUUCAUCGCGAUGGGCAGAAACGACCCGUGUACAUUUACCGAUUCCUCACCACCGGUGCUAUCGAUGAGAAGAUCUAUCAGCGUCAAGUGACCAAGCUAGGUCUAAGCGAUUCGUUAAUGGGAACUGGCUCUUCGGAGUCAAAGUCGGAUUCAUUCACUCGCAAGGAUCUAUUGGACAUUUUCACUAUACAUCCGCACACGGCAUGCAAUACACAUGAUCUACUGGAUUGCCCUUGCGAAGCAUCCGAUCACAUUACAGAGCGAGCUCAGGGAGUCAACAUAGAUGAUCUGAUGGAAGAUGCCAUGAAUUCUUCUGGUGACGAGGAUGAAGAUCCGAUCAAGGGCUUCAUGGCUGCAUCCCAGGUCAAGCAAGCAGAUAUUGAUAAGGUGGACCGAGCGUAUAUGAAACAGAAGCGUACUCAACUUGCAGCUCUCGGCGAGUGGACGCAUAUCAAUUGUCUCCAGCCAGGUGCCGCGGACCGCGUGGAAGAUGACUUGCUCACGCAUCUCAUAUACUCCCCCGAAACUGCCAAAGAUCGUGACACCACAGGACCCGCUCAGUCGUUGAAGGAUCGCCUGUUCGAAGCGGCAGACAAGAUCAUGGCGUCUGAUGAUCAUCUGUCGCGAGCUAUGCUACCUGGCGGCGCGGUGUCCUUCUUAUUUGAGCGCAGCACGAAGACGAGCUUCGGUGAUGACAAGGAGACAGAUGGAGACAGUUAGAUAUGCCCACAUGAUGCCCAACCUGUGCAAAGAUCCACGCGACUGCUGUAUCAUAUA